GAAAGUUUCGACACGGUAGGAGUGGCCAAAGUCUUAAAUAACCGAGUUGAAUAGAAAUAGGCUCACGAUACGGAAUUUACCUCGGGAAGGGAAACAUUACACAUUUGUCCAGCUACAAUGGUCCGACUUUCAAAAUCCAGCGUUAUUUUAUGGUUACCGUUCAUGCUAACUUUUUUACAGGUGGUGGCAGAUGGUGACGGUCAGAAACUGAGAAGACAGAAGAGAGAGUGGGUUAUUCGUCGUCCUCGUCAACUAUAUGAGAAUCAUGAUUACCAAGGCCUGGACUUCAUUGCUAAGAUUCAAUCAGAUAAUCAGUAUUGGUCACCGGUGUUCUACUCCCUGACGGGUGAUGGGGUAGAUCAGGAUCCAGUGGGCUUGUUCUCCAUCAACUCAACCAGUGGCCUGAUCCGAAUCCACGACAAACUGGACAGAGAGAAGAAGGACUCGUACCAUUUCAUCGGAAUGGCUAAGUACAGCAAUGGACAACGUGCUGAGAAGGACCUUGACCUGAGUAUUGUUGUCCUGGACAGGAACGACUGCCCACCUGUGUUUUCAAUGUGGCAGAUUGGAGAAGUGUAUGAACACAGCGCAGUAGGCCAAGUUGUCAUGAAAGUGAACGCGACAGAUGCCGAUGAACCUGGCACUGCGCACACUCAGAUUAGCUUCAGCAUCGUGGAGCAGUCCUCCUCAGACGGGAUGUUCUACAUGAACCACAAGACUGGAGAGAUCCUGGUCCUCCAGACCAGUCUGGACAGAGAGACACAAGACACAUUUACCUUGACGGUGAAGGGUACUGACAUGAAUGGAGCCGCAGGAGGGCUGUCUGGAACAGGACAAGUGGUGAUUAAGUUGCUGGACAUCAAUGAUAACAUACCCACGCUGGAGGAAGAAAGAUACGAGGGGAGCGUGAUGGAAAACACCAUCAGCAUGGAGGUGCUGAGGAUCAAAGCUGUGGAUCUGGACUUGAUGUACUCCGACAACUGGCUGGCUGUAUUCACCAUUGUGUCUGGCAAUGAAGCAGGCUACUUCCACAUCACCACUGAUUCCAAGACUAAUGAGGGCAUUAUCACUAUCGUUAAGGCUUUGGACUAUGAGGAGCUGAAGGUGUUGAACCUGGGGGUGAGUGUCUCCAACAAGGCAGAGUACAACUUUGGCUCUGUCAUCAGCACCCACCCCCGACCUAAGAUCUACACCAUCAAGAUCAACGUGGUCAACCAGCUGGAGGGACCGCGCUUCCAGCCUGCCAUCAAGGUGGUGACCAUCUCCCAGGACAAGACCACGGUCUCCCUCAACAAGAUCAUCACCACCUACGCUGCCAUUGACAGUGACACCCUGCUCACUGCCACCAACGUGAGAUAUGCCAAACUAUAUGACAUAGACAACUGGCUGAUCAUCGAUGAGAAGACGGCAGAUAUCAGAUUAAACAAAUGGCCCGACCGAGAGUCCAAGUUUGUGGUUAACGGAACCUACACAGCCAAGAUAGUCUGCAUCACAAACGAAGUAAACGCCAAAACGGCCACAGGGACAAUUGCCAUCCAGGUGAAGGACAUCAGCGACAACUGUCCUACCCUGACCGACACAUCUCAGACCAUGUGCCAGUGGACCAACAUGGUUUACGUCACAGCCAAGGAUGUGGAUGCCUUCCCCAACAGAGCACCCUUUAACUUCCGGGUGAUUCAGGCAGGCAACAAGCAGAACUGGACCAUAGAGCGUCUUAAUGACACCACUGCGAUCCUGCGAGACCACGCCUCCCUGUGGCCUGGGGACUACAGGGUUGCCCUGGAGAUCCCGGACCAACAGGGCAAGGUCUGUGGGGACGUCCAGUGGCUCGACGUGGUGGUGUGCACUUGCGAUGCCGCCAACACGGCCUGUUUGGGGCGGCACACGGACAGAAGAACCACGUUCGGAACACUGGGUGUCCUCAUGCUACUCCUGGGACUGCUGCUUCUCCUGUUGCUGCCCCUCUUCUUGUUGUUUUGCCUGUGUGGACGGGUGGAGGACCUGGGAGACUUCAAGGCCAUCCCGUUCGACCCCGCAGAGCACCUGAUCUCAUACCACACGGAAGGACAAGGAGAGGACAAGGAAGUCCUCUUGCUCAGGGUUCCUCUGGAGGUGGACCAUGGUUCCAUCAAUGCCGGGGACGUGAAGAAGUACGGAGAUAAUCAGAGGCUUGAGCUAGGGGGGGGUGUGGGGAGUGGAGGAGCUGGAGGCGGCUUCACCUCCAUGUCCACGACAGACAUGUACGGUGAGAGUGAUUUCCACCAGCACAUGGUCAGCGGGCACGACCAUGUGGACGGCAAGGGCGUGGGCGUGGGCGGAGCCACCAUAGCAGGAGGGGAGCAGUCCUCGUGUUACGAUGCAGGGUUAUAUGGUGGGAUCGCCCUGUCUGACAGCUUCCUGGAGGAGUACUACUCAAGUAAAGCCAACCAUGCAGCACAACAUUCAGAACAGCAAGACGCCCCGAUGACCUACGACUACGAAGGUCAGGGGUCACUGGCGGGCUCGGUGGGCUGCUGCAGCCUCCUGGAGCACGACAACGACCUAGACUUCCUCAAGUUCAGGUCCCUGGCCGAGAUCUGCCGAGGGUCCAGCCUGGAGGCGGAACAGUCUGUGGGGGUGUCCGUUUGUCCCCCCAGACCCAUCCCAUCCUCAGGCGCCCACAUUGAGACCUCCCUGGACACGUCUGCCAACCUCAACACCCUCACCAGCUCCGGACUGGCCUCCUCCUCCUCCUCCAUGCUCAUCAAGGAGACGGUGCUCAGAGAGCAGGGGUCCGCCAGCCUCCCCAGGGUCCACGUCCAGGAGAGCAUGCUGGUCCCCAGCCAGACCCCCCUCAUCCAACAGCCCACCAAGUACUACACCUCCGCCCCGGCCCUGUACGUGGUCGAGCCCCAGCCUCAGGUGCUUCUGGUGGAUGCGAGGGGAGCAGGGGUCGGGGGCCAGGUGGGGGUGGGACAGGGACUGGUGCAGGUAGCAGGGCCGUACGGCUCCCAGCAGGGCAUGGUGCUGGUGGAGAGGCAGGUGGGGGGGAGUGGAGGGGCUCAAGUGCUCACCAGCACAGGCCAGGCUGUGAUAGGAGGAGGCCGUGUUGUGGCCGGGGGAAGCCACACCCUGUCAGGGGGGAGUCAGGUCUCACACAUGGUGGGGCAGACCGUGGUAAGGCCAGGGCAUUUUGCCACGGGUUCAGGCAUGUCACAGGGCAGCGUGACGAGAUCCAAACAUGUCCGUGUGGUUGAGAGCAGCUCAGCAGUGGCUGAGGGCGGGGCCAGUUCUGCCGGCCUGGCCUCGGGCGUGGCCCUGGGGGGGUUCUGCUGAGGAGCACAGCCUGGAGGUCAGAGUUCCCCAUGUGGAGAUGAGGGCUCAGACUGGCUCCUCACUGGGCUCCAGCUCCCAGGCUGGAUCUGUGGGGUCAGACGAGGACUCUGCUCUCAUGGCUGCUGCAGGCUCCCUGGGCAGCCACACAGUGCUGGUUCAACUGGGACACAUUUUUAUGUAACUGAUGUCAUUAAUGCCAACUUAAAAUGAUUUAAAUGGUAGCCCAUUUUGUACAUGGAAUGGAAUUCAACUGGAGCUAAACUGUCAAAAACCGAGCAAUAGUUUUUGUAAAUAUAUGUCUAUGAUCUAUUUUGUAAAGUCAAUGAUUUAUGCUUUUUUAACAAUGGAAAAUAUAAUUGGGGAAUACAUUUGUAUACAUAUUUACUUUGGAUGAGUAAAAGUAAGAUUAUGUGGGGAAUCUAUGUAGGAUGGGCUACUGCUAUGCACUGAUAUACAUGAAUAUUGUUAACAUUGCUACAAUUGUUUAGCAAAUGCUCACUUUCAAGAUUUCAUGUCUAAUGUAUUUUCGAUGUAUGUACUUUUUUAAAUCCAAAAGCAAGGCAUGUGCUCACUUUGUGUGUUCUGAUGGGCGUGGCCUCAAAUUGGAUCACAUUAGCAAGACUAUAAUAGGUCCAAAUAAAUUAGCAAUGUUUCAUCUUUGAGAUGCUAGUCCAAGCACUUGUCCUCUCAAAGUUGGACUACUGCAACUCGCUGCUCGCCGGUCUCCCAGCAUGCGCAACCCGCCCUCUCCAGAGGAUUCAGAACGCAGCAGCCCGUCUGGUCUUCAAUCUACGCAGACGCUCCCAUGUUACCCCGCUCCUCAUCUCCCUCCACUGGCUUCCCAUCACGGCCCGUAUCAGAUUCAAGACUCUGGUACUGACCUUUCGAGCGGUGAACGGGACUGCACCCAUCAAGUCUCCCCCCCCCCCCCCCCCCCCCCCUCUUCUGACAACCGUCUGGUGGUCCCACCGCUCAAGAGCGCCCAGUCCCAACACAAGCUCUUCUCCUGUCUGGCCCCCCAAUGGUGGACUCAACUCCCCACCUCCAUCAGGGACACUGACUGUCUCCCCACCUUCAAGAAAAGGCUCAAGACGCACUUGUUCCGGGAGUACAACGGCACUUAGGAAUGCUUGGCUGGACCUGAUGUUAGUUUCCUCCAGGAUCACAAUGACUCGUAUUGAGAGACUUGUUGCUCUUGUUGGUUAGUUGUAACGGUUUUAAAUUCAUGUACUCGCUGUGAAAUAUUUUACUGUUGAUUUUGUUAUUUAUUUUUUCUACUUGCACUUUUUGAGUUUCAUGUUGUUUAAUUGUAACUUGUUUAACUGCAUGCUCUUAUGGUUCUUCCCUUUGGCACUUAUUUGUUUUUUUCACAAUGUGUGCUUCAUGUUUUGGCUGCUCGCAAUGUUUGAUCAGUUGUUAUGAUCAGUGACCUAUGCUCUUUUGUAAAGCUCUCUCUUGGAAGUCGCUUUGGAUAAAAGCGGCUGCUAAAUGCAUAAAUGUAAACGUAAAAUGUCUCCUUGUGUGCUAUAAUGAGAUUAACGGCGUUAGACAAAAGCACAAGCUGAGAACGUUUUAGUAGUCAAGAGUAGAUCAUUAGGAUGGAUUUUGUCGUAGAAGUUUUCAACCGCAACAUCCCCACUAACUCAAUGUUGUCACUUCAAGUCUACUGUAGGCACAGACCGUACAGAUAUUUACAGAAGUUAUGUAGACUUUUAAGAUAAAGAGGAGCAAAUCCACUGGACGUGUGCGAAAGCACUGGGGUGUGAUGAAGAAAGGGUUUUGUCUGUCUCUUCAUUAAAGGACUGACUAAGUUCAGUU